UCUCAUCAAUUUUCCUUUUUCUUUUUAAUUUUUUUUUCUCCUUUGGAACCAUAAAAGUCUUCCUAUAUUAUAAUAUCUUAUUAAACUUAUAUGACUCUUAACAUUUCUUCUUCUGAUCAAGUGUUGAUAUACCAAAAACACACUCCAAACCAAAACCAGUUCUCAACUUUACAUGCCCCUCUCACUUUCCUUCAUCCAUUCUAAACAAUUUCCAGCUUCAUCAUCAGAGAAUAAUUCAGUUGAUCAUUCUCUCAAGAAUAUUUCUUCUCUCUUAUGUUUAUCACCUUCAAUAUCCACGCUUGGAAGGAUCAUCUUUCAAUAUAUGGUGUUUCAGAGAAAGUACUUAACAGGUUCAUUAUGUAGAUCUGAAUCUGACAUAUCUGUCAGAAAUUUGAUUCAAAGCUUCAAGAUUUGAAUAGAUAUAUUUACAGACAAUAAUAAAUUAGAGUAUUUGAAGUUGGAGAGCAAGAAGAAAAGUAGAGUUGAAGAAAAUGUCAGAUGGAUAUGAGAAUGAGAAAAGUGGGAAGAGUACUACUGAGGAGCAUGCUGGUGGUGAGGAUACUUCAAUGGGGUCUUCACAGCAUAACUUUGAUUUGAAUGAAGAAGCUAGUAGUGAUCAAGAUGAUAUUAACAACAUUGAGAAUGAUGAAGUGAAUGGUGACGACGACGACGACGAGAAAGCAAAGGAAGAUGGUGAUGAUGAUGGAAGUUCUAGUUCAACAAAAGUUAGAAGUAGUGGAUCAAAUGAAAGAAGAAAUGGUGUAAGACAAUAUGUUAGAUCAAAGAUGCCUAGGCUGAGAUGGACUCCUGAUCUUCAUCAUUCAUUUGUGCAUGCUGUUGAAAGGCUUGGAGGCCAAGAGAGAGCAACACCUAAGUUGGUGCUUCAACUAAUGAAUGUGAGAGGACUCAGCAUUGCGCAUGUCAAGAGUCAUUUGCAGAUGUAUCGGAGCAAGAAACUUGAUGAUGUUGGACAAGUACUAAGUCCAACACACAGAUUAACACAUGAUUUAGGUCAUGCAGCUCAUCACUCCAUGAUGCCUCAUCAACAUUUCAAGAUGGCAAAUGGUGGAAUUGUUCUAGAAACCAAUUACAACCAACACAAUUAUAAUUUCCACACUCUCUUGCAUUCACAUUCAAAAGCCAUCAAUUCAAGGAAUCAACAAUGGUAUUUAAAUCAUCAACCUUUAAGACCAAGCUAUGUAAGCAAUGAAGUUUUCUCUUCAACAACUUUACAUACGCAACAUGGAAGAUCGUCGAUAGCUUCGAGCCAACCGAUUACUCAAGUUAUGGAUACUAGUUUGAAUACCACACUUGCUCCAAUGAGACCAAGCCAAUUUCUUGAAGAAAAAAGGUGGCCUCCAUUAGAUAUCAUGAACAAUAAUCAAUAUUGGAAGAAAAAUUUACAUACCAAUGUUUCUAGUUUUGGCUCCACUACAACAACAUCACUUAGACCAGCUGAAAAUCUGUUAAAAAUCAAUGAGUAUUAUAGCUCUUUCAAUACUUCAUCAAAGCUUGAAUUUGAUUCUCCAUUCCGGAUUAAGAUGAAUCAAGAAACAAUGCAGAAAGAGAGAAAAUGGUUACCUGAUUUGCAACUGAGUUUAAGUCAAACAAACGGCAACAAUGAUGAUAAGAGUGAUUGUUUGAGAGAAAACAAAGAAAUCAACACAAAACUCUCGCUUUCUUAGAAUAAUUUAUUUUUUCAUGUCAAUUAUAAUAUGCAAAUACAACAACCUAGCUAGCUAGUUGAUCAUAAAGUUGUGAGAGAUGUGAUAUUGAUACUAAAAGAAAGUUACACAAUUGCAUUGAUGGUACAAUACCAAUUGUUAGCUUGCCAAUACAUACUAGUAGUAUUUGAUUAGGAGGAUGAGGUUAUUUACAAUAUUCAUU